AGGGUUAUUGGGUGAACGACAAUGUCCCGCGGCUCGGUCCGGCACUCCCGGCUUUUGUUCGCGCGGCGGCGGACGCACGGUCCGUGUCCUCCACCGGUUCACCUCCUCUAGCUCCCCGCGCCUCCUCCUCGCUGCCUCGCGCCGGUCAGCCAGCCGGUGCGGACGGGAUAAUAUGACUUCCUGGCUCCUCGCUUACGGCAGCGUCCCCCUGUGUCUCCUGCUCGGCUGUCUGACGGUCACGGUCUGCGCUGAAGCCUCCGGCUCCGGUGAGAGUGUGUGCAAGUCGCCCGCGGUCUCUUCUUGUGCAGAUUGUCUCAGACGUGGUCCACAGUGCGCCUGGUGUUUCAAAGAGGACUUUCUCCAUGGGGCAGGCCUGAGCCGGCGCUGCGGCCUGCCAGUCAACCUGCAGAAGCAGGGCUGUGGCCCGGAGUUCAUGGAGCACCCCGACGUCAAGGUGGAAGUCAACGCCACCAUCAGCAGCACACAAGUAUCUCCACAAGACAUCAGCGUAACCCUGAGGCCAGGUUCAGAGGCCAGUUUCAUCGUGGCUGUGAAGCAGCUGGAGCAUUAUCCUGUGGAUCUUUACUACCUGGUGGACGUAUCGGCCUCCAUGCAGGAAAACUUGGAUCAUCUGAAGACAGUGGGCGUAGCUCUGUCCCUUCGCAUGACGGAGCACUCGUCUGACCUGUGGUUGGGUUUCGGCUCCUUUGUGGACAAACCCGUCUCACCUUACAUCAGCCAUCCUUCUAAGAUCAAUAACCCUUGCAGCGAUUAUGAGAUCCGCUGCCGCCCGGCGCACGGCUUCCACCACGUCCUCAGCAUGACCGGAAACAUGAGCGAGUUCACGCGGGUCAUCAAACGCCAGCGGAUCUCUGGAAACAUGGACACACCUUAGGGAGGACUGGACGCUAUGCUGCAGGCAGCCGUCUGCCAGGUGGGUGUGAGCAAUCGUUGGCGGCCAGAAGCAAAGCGUCUGCUCCUCCUGAUGACCGACCAGCCCUCCCACCUCGCCCUGGACAGCCGACUGGCCGGGAUUGUGGUGCCACACGACGGCCUGUGUCACCUGGAGAACAACGUCUACACCGGGAGUACCACCAUGGACCAUCCAAGUUUGGGUCAAUUAUCUGACAAACUGCUUGAAAACUACAUCUACUCCAUCUUUGCAGUGGAGAAGCAGCAGUACCAGUGGUACAAGGAUUUGGUGCACUUGCUCCCGGGCUCUUUCCUGGGAAAGUUAGGGCUCUUCCAGGCUCCUAACCUCAUAGAACUGGUGGUGGACGCAUACAAGAGGUUGCUGUCGGAGGUUGCAGUGUCGGUGUCGGUGGAGGACAAAGCCCUCAGCAGGUACUGGGUGUCCGUGUCUCCUCUGUGUCCCGACGGAUCCACUGCGAAGGACCAGAGCUGCUCCGGGGUGCAGCCGGAUCAGACGGUCUACUUCAACAUCACGAUCGGCCUGCGAUCCUGUCCUUACGAUGGUGAAGAUGAAGACGUAACAGUGAUGGUGCGGCCCAUAGGUUACAAUGAGUCCAGCGUCAGGAUCCGCUCAAAAUGCCGCUGCAGUUGCGGAUCGACCGGACGCUGUCGUGAUGACAAUCAGUCACCGUGCACGGGGAGCGGCCUGAUGAGAGACUCCAGCACAGAUGCAAACCGGGGCUGCAGAGCAGAUGGCGCCGAUGUGGACUGCAGCGGCCGAGGAGUGUGUGAAUGCGGGAGAUGUGUGGAUCACAGCAGACUCGGGACGGUUUACGUGAAAUACUGUGAGAGGGACGACUUCUCCUGUCCCUACAAAGAAGGGCUGCUGUGUGGAGGUCGAGGUGUGUGUGUGUCGGGCGAGUGUGUGUGCGAGGACGGGUGGACAGGCGAUAGCUGUGGCUGUCCCGUCUCCACAGAAACCUGCCAAUCACCAGACGGCCUGCUCUGCGGUGGGAGGGGCAGGUGUGUGUGUGGGAAGUGUGUGUGUGACGACCCCCAGCACUCUGGAGACUUCUGUGAAAGAUGUCCUUGCCAAAGCUCCUGUCAAUCAUACUGGAAGUGUGUGGAGUGCCACCUCUCUCAUGGUCUCACACAGAAAGAGGGGGGACACUGCAACAACACCUGUGCGCCUCUGGUCGGCUACAAGGACGAUGUCUCAGGUACAGCGACUGCUGUCAAUGUGAUUCAGUGCAUGUACAUCAGUAAUGACAGCUGCCGCUACAGGUUUCAAACCAGCUCACAGUCGGGUCAGACCCAGCUUCACAUCAGCACAAGACCAGAGUGUGUCAGCAGCAGUCGGCUCGUAGGAACCUUCCUGAGUGUGUGUGCGCUGACUGUGCUGUGUGGGCUGGUCGUGGUGGCCAUGUCCCGCCUGCUGAUGCAGAAGAGGAAGAGCUGGUCACCAGGGGGCGCUGCUGAAGACCCGGACUACCACUGCACUGGAAAGGAUCUGUCAUACAUUCCUACAACCAAUGAGAAGACCGUCACCUACAGGAGGGACCGUCUGCCGGACCGCCCCGUGGAAAUGCACAUCCAGGUUCCCAAGAUGCCCUUCGGUGACCACUGGCAGUGCUAGGCAAAGGUGAAAGGUCAAGGUUUGCGAAGGAAAGAG